GGCACCCUCCUCGCGCAUUUCUGCGGCCGGGCUAUCCACGAGAUGGGGGGCCGCGUGGAUGACCUGAAGAAGGCGGAGCUCACCAAGUACGCUGCCAGUCUUGGAGCCCCCACCAGGAAGCCGGCGGCGCCGACGCAGUGGCGCGCAGUCAAAGAAGUGUGCGAGGAUUGCAAGCUGCGGGAGGCCGCUCAGCGGCAGCCUUCCCUGGCGCGCGCGGGCGAGCCAGGCGCUGCCAGCUCCGACCUGGCGGCGCCGUCAGUUUCACAUGGGUCCGCGUCGGUGCAGGCCCCGGCGCGCGUGGGCGAGCCAAGCGCUGCCAGCUCCGGCCUGGCCGCUCCGUCCGUUUCACGCGGGCCCGCGUCGGUGGGAGCACCAGGUGCGCGCGCGGGUGGGCCCGGCUCUUCCAGUUGGAGCCAGGCGCAGGUAGCGCCGUCCGCCCCCGCCACGGUUGCACGGAAACCGGUCGCGGGGGCGGCCGAUGUCAUUUCCAGCGACGUGCGGAACAUGAACCGGAAUGAGUUGCGUGCGCUGGCGACCUCGUUGGGGGUCGGGACUCGGGAGAACACAAAGUGCUCGGAGGCGCUCCAGGCGGCGUGCUGUCGCGCCCUCCCGCAGGCCCCGCGGCGACAGCGCUCCCGGGCGGGCGCGAGUGGGCCAGGCGCUGCCAGCUCCGACCUGGCGGCGCCAGCAGCUUCGCGCGAGCCCGCGUCGGGGCCUCGCGCUGCCAGCUCGAGCCAGGCGCAGAUUAAAUCGCCCGUCUCCGCCACCGCGACGCAGAACCCGGCCGCGGGGGCGGCCCGUGUCACCUCGACCGACGCGCAGAACAUGAACAAGAAAGAGUUGCGUGCGCUGGCGGCCUCGUUGGGGGUCGCAGCUACGGACACCCAACAGUCCACGGGGCUUCUCCGCUCGGCCUGUUGUCGCGCCCUCAAAGGGCAG